AGUGGCAACACUAACGCCAAGAAAGUAAAUAAACCAAUCGAUCAUAUGCUAUUCAAAAUGAGCAAGAUUGCUAAAUGUUAAAUAUACCAGUAGCUGAAUGUAGCACUUUCUAAAUUAAUAUUAAAUAUGGCUUCAAAAAUUACAAAAUCAACGCUUGGGGAGGAUUGGUUUGAAACAUUUUUGACAUUUCGUCUUAAUCCAGAAGCCUUUCUAGAUAGGAGGAAAUUAACUAAAGAUGCAUUUUGUUUAGAUGCUUUAAAGGAUUUAUACUCUGAUCAUAUUGAAACUCAAUGCAAGGUCCAUAUAUUACUUUUGUUACAAGAAUAUUCUUCUCUGUUGAUUACUGAUGUAAAUGUGUUGGAACAAUGCAUUGAAUCUCUGACAAAUCUAUUCAAAACCUUAGGAAGAAAAACUGAAAAAAGGCUUUUGAAAAGUCAAGUACUUAUAGCUGUAGUGACAAUUUUACUAACACUUGAUUUGGAUCAAGAUUUGUCAUCCUUCAUACAGAAAAUAAAGAUAUUUUUGCUAGAAAUUAUUUAUAGUAUUUCAGAAGAUCCUAUAGUAACAUCAAGUGCAUGUAGUUGUUUGGAAGAGCUAGAGAUAUUUUAUCCAGGUAUGCUUCAUGCAGAAAUAGAAAAUAUUUUGCUAGCCUGUGAUCAAGAAACUUCUGCUGCCUUCCAAAGUUAUGUCUUAUUGCUUAAUACUUGUGCUGAAACUCUAUUAUCCAUGAAAAAAACUGAUGUGGCUGGCAAAGAAAGUAAAGAUAUGGUUUUAAAUAACAAGUCAUUAAUCUCGACUAUUAUGUCAAAUAUUUUAGAGCUGUAUCCUCUCUUGACCCACACUGCUCAAUAUAGAGUUCUGAAAAACUUAAUAUCUGUAGUGAAAAAUACAUCACAAUUUUCUCCUAAAACUUUUAAGCUAUAUUUUAAUGGUUUAACACUAUCUUCCGAAGUACCUCUCAUACAUCUUGCUUUUGAUUUACAGGAAACAUUUGGUUCUGAUCUCCUUUCAACCCAAGAAGAAAAACAACUUUUAAAGCAACUUGUGAAUCUAUCAACUCACCCUAGCCUUACUUCAUCUCACAAAUUAUUGUUCUUAGAUUGGUUAAAAUCCUUUAUUAUGCAUAAUGAGAAGGCUUUUUCAUGUCUAUCAUUUUCUGAUCUUGAAACACUUUUACCAAGUCCAUUUGAUGGUCCUCUUACUGUAGAGAAGAAGGCUCACAUUCUGGCUUUGUCCCUUCCUCCAAAUUCUGAAGAAAGAGCUAGUGGUGAAUUCUUAAAUGAGAUAGUAAAUGGCCUAGUAAAAUGUUCAAUGUUAUCUGGUGGUACAAAAGCAGCACCUUCUUUAUUCAGAACAUUAUUUAUAUAUUUCUCUACACAGACGUCAGACACCAUUUCCAAUUCUAUUUAUAAGUUGAUUACUGGUAUGUUAAAAACAUCUCUACAUUUAACACCAUAUGCCUUAAGUUUUUUGGAUGCUGCAAGAACUAAAUAUAAUGAAAGAAAAUUUCAUGAAAAAGCUCUUGAUCAUAUGGUUGAACAUAUUUUAAACAUUCCUUUAAAACAAUUUCAUUCUAAUCUUGAAUAUUAUUUGGCCAUACUAGAAAGUGCUUCUCAAGAACCGGCAUCUAUAUGUAGACCUCGGGCUGUUUUAAGGUUAUUGCAGAAAAUGUUAAAUGAGGGUAAUUUGAAUCUUCAAAAUACCUGGUGUAUUGGCAACAGAAUCUUAUCUCUUUGUCGGACUUUGAUGAAAUAUCAUGAUGUUCAGAUAUUUUAUUAUGAUUUAGCAGAAGUACUUUGCCUUAUCAUUCAGCAGUUUCAAGAUACAGAUGUGAAAGAUAGAGCUAAAAUCUACUACUGCAUGUUAACCUCUUUAUCGAAAUUAAAAGUACAAACCAUUUUUGCUUGGAAUCCAUCUGAAAAAGAGGGAAAGAAUACCCUGAAUUCUUUUGUUACAGGUGGGGAAUCAUUGCAGUUUGCAUCUUGUAUUCAGAAACUAAACAAUCCAAUAUUACAGAUGCUAAGGCUUGACAGUGAAAUUCAUAGCCUAAACACUGAUGAUAAUUUUAUAGAAGAGCCGAUAUCUGGUAUUUUAGAAUUAUAUCAGCAACAUCUUACUUCACAAGAAUCAUUUCUUCAGUUGCCUUUCAUUUUAAAACAUAUUGGCACUGUGGAAGAAAAUUCAUUUGCUGAAUUGUAUGGUAUUGUGAUUUCUGCUGAAUCUGAACCUUCUUGUAAAGAAAUCUCAGUGAUAGAAAUUCCUAUUCUGAAGUCUACACCAACUUCUAACCAAGAGAAAAUUGUUACACUGCAGUUAAAACCAAGAGAACCUCAGCCUUUGACUCUGCGCUUUAAGGUAGAAUUUACAUGCAAUAAUGGCUACAGCUACACUUGCAAUCUUCAAUCUGUCACAUUAAAUUUGGAUGAUUUAUUUUUGCCACUACCUGUCUCAGAAUCUUACCUUCAAUGUAGUUCAUCAUGGAGACUUUUCUUAUUUCAUGCAUUAUGGGAAAGAUUUACAAAUGAAAUAAAAUUAAAUGAGGAAGGUUCUAAGUGCUGUCAGUCUGUGUUUGCAUUAAAGAUUGGAACUGAAGAGUUUUCAACUUUUGUUGAAAAGAAGUGGAAGCAUUUUAUCGUAUCAAAACUGCCUUCACCUGAGUACAAAAUUGCAAUACACCUCCCUCCUCACAAUCAUUUAUUAUUAAAAAUUAAUUUAGUAAAUGAUAAACCAUUUGUACAUAUUCUUGUAGACAAUAUUUCAACUUUGCCAUGGAUUACACUGUAUUUUCAAAACAUUAGUGAAAUUCUCUAAAUCUUUGUAAAUUUAAUCAUUCAAAGUAUGUAUGCCUUGUUUAUUAUGUGAAUGUUUUUUAUAAAUGAAUGCAAUAAUAUAUUUAUAACAUGUAUGAUAUUGUAAAUUAAAAUUUUAAAUGCAUAUUUGAUUUAUUUUAUAUUUCUCAUUUAUCUAUGAUAUAAGUCAAAGAAUAUAAAGCAGUAUUUUAUCGUAUAGAAAUCAGAGUUGCGCAAACGAGAAAACGUGAUUACAAAUUAACAUAACUUCUUUGGUUACAAUCGUUGCAUUGUUAUAAGUAAUACAAGUUUCUAUACAUUUAUUACUAGUUAUUGCAAUAUCCAAGUUUAGUUAAAUGAAAUUUUAUAUUUUGUAUUCCUUUUAUUGAAACAUAAAAAAAUAAAAUAAAUUCUAUUGUAAAAAUAGGAAUUUUUAAUUUUCCUAUGCAGUUGUAACUUCUUUUUCAUUAUAAUAAUAACUUUUCUAUUACAAUAAUAACUUUUCUAUUACAAUUAUAACUUUUCUAUUUUAAAAUACAUUUUCUAUUUUCCUGUAGAAAAAAUGUGAUUGGUUGCAAGGAAUCAUAAUUUUGAUUACAAUUGUAGUAUCUGUUAUAAGUAAUCCAAGAUUACAAUUCAUUUAUUGCAAUACCUAAGAUUAAGGAUUUUUUUUGUUUUUUUUUGUGUAUUUUUCAAUGUAAUAUGAAAUAUAUUUAUAUGCUGGAAUAAUUUUUUUCCAAAUGGAAGUGUUAGUAUUGUAAAGCAUAAUUAAUGUAUUCGUAAUCAUGACUUAUAAUAACAUUUGUAAAUUUUUUAAUCCUUUAUUUACAAUUUCAAGUAAUUUGUCACAAUCUAACCAAUAUAUGUAAUUGGUGUUAAAUCUUAACUUCGUUAAAAUAAAGUAUUCUAAUUAACUACCUAAUAUAAGUAACACUCAAACAAUUAGGUGUUACUAAAUUUGAUUAAAGCUAUAGAUGUAUAUUUUUGAUUUGUAUAUUAUUGUGAAUAUUAAUAUUUUUGAAAUAAAUUUUUUGUAUAUUUUUCUA